AUGGGUGUUCUUGACAUUGUUCCCGUCGGUGUCGUCUCCGGAAGGGACGUUUACAAGGUCUUCGACUAUGCUCGUGAGAACAAGUUUGCCAUUCCCGCUUUCAAUGUUACCUCCUCCUCGGUCGCCAUCUCGGCUCUCGAGGCUGCCCGUGACGCCAAGUCUCCCUUGAUCCUCCAGGUUUCGCAGGGUGGUGCCGCCAACUUUGCCGGCAAGGGUCUUUCCAACUCGAACCAGGAGGCUUCCAUCAUUGGUGCCAAGGCUGCCGCUCUUUUCAUCCGUGCCGUUGCCCCCUCGUACGGUGUUCCCGUCAUCAUGCACUCGGACCACUGUGCCAAGAAGCUUCUCCCCUGGUUUGACGGCAUGCUCGCCGCUGACGAGGAGUACUACAAGGAGCACAACGAGCCUCUCUUCUCCUCUCACAUGCUUGACUUGUCCGAGGAGCCUAAGGAGGAGAACAUCGAGACGUGCAAGAAGUACCUCAAGCGCAUGGCUCCUCUCGGUAUCUGGCUCGAGAUGGAGAUCGGUAUCACGGGUGGUGAGGAGGAUGGUGUCAACAACGAAGGUGUCGACAAUGCUGCUCUUUACACUCAGCCCGAAGACAUUUGGGACAUUUACCGCGAAUUCUCGGAGAUCACUCCCAACUUUUCGAUCGCCGCUGGUUUCGGUAAUGUUCACGGUGUUUACAAGCCCGGAAACGUUUCGCUUCAGCCCGAAUUGCUCGGUAAGCACCAGGAACACGUUCGUGCUCAGAUCAAGAGCGACAAGCAAAACCCGGUCUUCUUUGUCUUCCACGGUGGAUCCGGUUCCGAGAAGCACGAAAUCUCGACUGCUGUUAAGCACGGUGUGGUUAAGAUGAACGUCGACACCGACACCCAGUGGGCUUACCUGCUUGGUAUCCGUGAUUACAUCCUUAACAAGAAGGAUUACCUCAUGAGCCAGGUCGGUAACCCUGACGGUGCUGAUAAGCCCAACAAGAAGUUCUUUGACCCCCGUGUUUGGGUUCGUGAGGGUGAAAAGACCAUGGCUACCCGUUGCAAGGAGGCUUAUGCUGAUCUUGGUUCCGAGGGAAAGCUCUAA